GUCGUUUCACGUCAAGUGUUUCCAAUAUUACUUACCUCGUGACUUCCACCAGCACCUAGUGCACGGGAACUUUCUUAUCUUCUAUUUCCUUUCUACGGAUGCUGUUAGGUACCGUAACUAUAGCAAGUCUGUUGCAUUUUUGAAAUAACUCCGCGAACGGGACAGAGUGCGUGUUUACAAAAAAAAUAGCUAUUGUACACUUAAAUUUUGAAGACAUAAUAGAUUGUGUAAUUAAAGUGUUCGAAAAUCAGAAGAUGGAUGUUUAAAAAAAUAAUAAUUCAUCUUUAACCACUACAUUUUUGUUUAAUUUGAAUUUUCAACUCAAAAAAAAAAUAAAAUGUGAAAUUCAGAUAAAUUAUUUGGGGAGCAAUCUUUAACUACCAAGUGACUGUUUUAUGGGAAAAAAUCUCAUCGAAUGCCUUUGGACAGAAAAUGUAUUUUUAGUGACAGAGGGUAAUUUAAAAAUGCCAACAGACAUGGUGUCAUUUGCGGUAUCAACAGGACUUGGAGUUAGCGUUGUUGCUGGGAUUUUGUCUGGAGUUUGUUACGUUUUAGCGUAUGGAAUACAGACGCCAAAGAAAAUCAAUCGAAAGGCCAAUAAAAGCCUAUACUGUGAGGUUUGCGGGGAAUAUUUCAGAUCCAUAGAUCAUAUCUUAGGAGGAGACAGUAGCGUUUCAUGUACGAAAUGUCAAACAAAGGUAUGCCAAAAACGUUGCGCAAGAGAACAAAAAGACGGAUGGAUUUGCAAGAAUUGUCUUAGACCGCCAGAGUCCUGGUUUCAAGGAAUAUUGUACGCCCUUCAACCUAAUAAGAAAGCGAAAGCAGAAAAUAAAAUGGACCCUGUUAAAACAUCUUUAGAAGAAAAUAACAACGGUAAAACUAGAGAGCAGGUCCAAGACUUUAUAGAAAAGUUGAUCAAUUCUAUGUUAGGUCAGAACAUAGACGAUGCCAAUGUUACCAAACUUUACAACGACAAAGGCUAUUUGCCAUUAACUGGUCAACAGUCGCCAUGCACAGCUCACGCUGCUCUGAAGCAACUCAUAGAAAAACUUAUCCUGGAAGUUCUAAACAUGCCAGCACUUCAAAAACCUCAAAACCAAGCUGCCAUACCGCCAGAUUUAAAUAAUAAAACCUAUGAAGAUCUGUUGGCUACCGCCAUCUUAAAUAAGGUAAUAUCAAAUUCCCAACCUGCACGACCGUCAUCUUCAGCUGCCAGUAUAUCCAGCAGGUUUUCAACUGCAUCCAAUAUCAAAGAAGAAAAAGAGUACUUUUUUGGAGAAGAAACAUUAGAAAAUAAAUGGAAAAAUCAAGAUUUCGAUAAUACCUCUACUUCUAGUUUAGAAGACUGGCUACAAACCGACUCUAGUUUUGGUUCUAGAAAAUACGUAGAUAAGCUUACUCUUACGAUAAAGCAAGAUAUCGAAGAAGUUUCACAAAUAAGCGAUUCCGAUGAAGACAAUGAAGAAGACAAUGAUAGCGAAUAUUUCAAAACCAGAUCUUCUAUUUGGAGCGACGAUGAACCGAACUGGUUUCUUCAGAAAAGACAGUUUCAAACUGGAACCCAUUCACCUGUUCCCGUACCCAUGUUAGUACCUAAUCCUACAACUGAAGCAAAGGUAUUGAUAGGCGACAAAGAAGUGGAUGAAACCUCAGACCUUUCCGAUGUCGAAUCAGAAUUUGGAGAAGCCGAAAUUGUGCCGACGAGGCAUAGUCUUCUUCUUAAUUCUAAAACUGUAAUAGGUGGAAAGAACUUUCUUCAAAAUGGAGUCACAGGGGGAGAAUCUGGUAGCGAGUCAUCAGCAGAUUCUGGAGUAAAAGAAGUAGAUAGAGAUCAAUCUACUUAUGAUGAGUCUGAGUUUAUGGAAAAUUUGGACAAUAGUAUAAUUAAUAAAUCUGAAGAUGAUUUAGAUGGUGGCCUCUUUGUUUCCAAAGCUGAUAUUCACAUAGAUGAUGAUAAUGUAGAAGAUGCUUCAUUAUUAUCGGUUUACAGUAAUACGGAACAAGAAGCAGAAUAUACAGAACAAUAUGCGUCACUGCCAAGAAAAAUUGAAAAAAGACCACAGCCACCUGCCAGACCAUCACUGCAAAAAAUUAAAGCCGAAACAUCGAAGUCGGAUACAAAAAACGAGGAAACGGAAAAACAAAUAGACAAGGAUUCUGAUGAUGAAGUAAGAAUGGUCCAGAUGCACUUUUCGGGUAUUUAUAGCAGAAGGGAAAAGGAAAAAUGGAAAAAUGCAAUAGAAAUGAAAAAUAAUCCGUACACCAAAGAAAAUAUAGAAAAAAGAAUAAAAAGAUCCAAUAGUGGGGCAGGUUCUCUAUUCGGACCUGAUUACUACGCAAAAUUAGCAUCUUCCCCGUCAGGAACUAAAGCCAAAUCCCCAAAGUCUCCAGAGGCAAAAAAUUUACCUUGGCCGCGCCAACAACCUGAAUGGCCGCCCCAAGAACCGGAAAAUAACGAACAGUUUGACACUAAGACCCUUUCCCAAGAAAAAGAACAGGAUAAAAACGUAUCAAAAACCUAUAUCGCUUCAGAAGAAGAAAGAGACAUUUACAGAGCAAAACCUAUCGUUAUCGAACGCACAGAUGACCUCAUAACUAUUGAAACACCUGAAGAAUUUCCAAAAUAUUCUUCAGAUACGCAUCCCACGAUUCCAAAAACCGAAGAUAGCCAUCAAAAAAUGCCUGAGCCAGAACGCGAAAGUUCCCCCGAGUAUGUUGCUGAAAUAACGAGCGACAGCGAUUUGAGUUACAUCAACUGUUACGAUGUAGGGAAUUCACAGGUUUACAAAAAAUCUACUGAAAAGGAACCCCAGUUAGCGAAAACGGGUUUUACAAAAAACACAAAAUCCCCUAAUUACCAAAGAACAAUUGUGAAAAAAUCCGAACCUCCAACGACUCUAAAACGUUACAAAAGCGAAUCUGAUUUGUACAAUGAUUUCGACGCUCCGCCAAAAGUGCUGCCUCAAAAACGGGACAACACUCUUAUUUCGAAAAUAUACAAGGUAUUGUCAAAAAGUGAUUUGUUGAGCGAAUAUCCUACAUUUCGAACCCAAAUGAGUUCGCCGGACGGAGCAGGUUAUAAUCACAAUGAUGAAUUGAUCAGGAAUAAAACUGACUACAGUUCACAUGAGAUCCCAUUAAGCUCAAUUGAAAUUUCAAACAACAGAAUGACAAUCACGAAAAACUUAUCACUAAGCUCAGAAGAUGACAAUUCCGACCUUUGCUCCUUCUACAGUGAAUACAGACCCAUCAAAAAUGUAUUCCAUUCGAACGAGGAUCUUCUGUCGAUGGAUGAAUCAGAUCGGUCAAUGAAGAAAGAUAACACCCUUAUUUCCAAAAUUUAUAAACAACAAAAUGUAAAGAAUUAUGCGUUGGCUAAGAGACAGCAAAUUCCUGAGAUAGAAACCAAUACCAGAAGUAUUAAAGAGGUCACUAGAUCUGAUGGUGAAUAUGAAGAUCCGCUUAAACAGAACAAAGUUCCUAUUUCCCUGGAGGAAAAUGGUAACGCGAUAAAUAACAAAGUCUCCGUCGAAAAAAACGAAAAUGUACUCGAAGUGAAUGAAUUAGCGAAAAAAAGGAUUGUUCACAAUAUUUUGGAUCAGAUUAGUCAUUCCACUACCCAGAAAGAAAAAAGUCAACUUAGUAAACAUUACACUAAUGGUAAAUCUAAGGAAGACAUCAAUGAGGAAUCUAAAGAGAGCGAUGAUGACGAAAUUACAACUUCAGUUAAAGAUUUGAUGAAAAAGUUUGAAAACAACGUAGGUAAAAACCAGGUAGUUUCCAGUCUAACAGCAAGAAGCUUAUCAAGACACACAAGAAAACCACUGAAAGACUGAAGAAUUAAGGCCAAUUUGUCACAAGCCAAUAGGAUAGGAAAACAAGCCAGGUGUAAUAAAGCUCCAAAGAUAUUAGAUAUACAUUUUAUUUAAAUUGUUGUAAUUUUCAAUUUGUAUAUACAUGUUUUAAAUAUUUUAUUUUAGCUUAAUAUAAAUUAAUGUAACUUACACAUGUAAUAAAACAGAGUUACCACUAUGAAAAAUGUAUUCCUUCUGCAUUAAAUGCAUG